AUGUCGACCGUCGCCGUCGACGUUUCUCGCUUCUUUCUGUUCGAGGUCACCGGCGAUUCGUCGGAGGUUGUUAGCUCUUCCGUGGCGGAGGAUUUCUGGGCCGACGACGAUGCGCAGUCGUGCAGCUGCGACACCUCCGACGCACAGAGCGUCCGUCUCUUCUGCCGCGACGACGGCGGAGAGGACCGGUCGGGAUCUAGCUGUUGUGUUGAGAACGACGGCGAAGAAGAAGAAGAAGAAGACGGAGACGAAGUUAACCAGAGCGAGAAUCAACAGAAACAGAAGGAAUCAUCAUUGAAGGUGCAGGACGAUUCUGUAGAGUUGUCAUUUCUAACCCACUGUGACAUCAAGCCCCAGAACCUCCUCCUCGACAAGGACGGCAAGCUCAAGAUCUCCGAUUUCGGCCUCUCCGCGCUGCCGGAGCAGAUCCGGAACGGCCUCCUCCACACCGCGUGCGGUACUCCGGCCUACACCGCCCCGGAGGUGAUGAUCAGAAAAGGCUACGACGGCGCCAAGGCCGACGCGUGGUCUUGCGGCGUCAUCCUUUUCGCCUUCCUCGCAGGGUACCUCCCAUUCGACGACAGCAAUAUAUCAAACAUGUACCGUGCAAUACGAAGCCGCGCGUUUCAGUUCCCGGAUUGGAUCACAAAGCCCACCCGGAGCAUAAUUUUCCGGCUGCUCGAUCCCAAUCCGGUAACCAGAAUGUCCAUCGAGGAACUGAUGAAGCUCCCGUGUUUGACAGACGAACAUCAAUUCGGGAACCAAGAGUUCGACAAAGAUUGCAAACACUUAACCAAAAUGAACGCAUUCGAUAUCAUUUCAAUAUCUCCCGGGUUGGAUCUAUCAGGGCUAUUCCAGGCGGGAUUGAACAAGAAAGAAAUGAGAUUCACCACAAAUUCCGAGGUAGGAGAGGUUGAGGAGAAGGUAAAGAAGAUCGGGAGUGAAGCAGGGUAUAGGGUGGAGAGGGGAAAGGGAGGGGGAAUCAGACUGGUAAAAGCAAGAGUAACGUUAAUGGUGGAAAUUCUUCAAGUGGCGCCGGAGCUAUGGCUGGUGGAGAUAAAGGUCGUCAAUGGAGAAAUGGAAUUCGAGGACACACAGUGGGAGGAGUUGCGAGAGCAACUGCCACAUCCUGAGGGUUGCACAACAGAUGAAAUCGUGAGGCUUGGGAUUUCUCAUAUGGAGGCUUUGAGUGUGAGAAGUACCGUGCCAUUACUAGUGCUUUACUACAGAGGAGCAUUGGCGGAGUUGGAAGCUCUCUACUUCAUGGAAACCUCUGCACUGGAAGACACGAAUGUGGAAAACGCCAUUGAAAUGGGUCUCCUACUCUUCUCAUAUUAA